AUGGAGUACUCCUCAUCUCGCGCGGCCUUCUCCCACGUACUCCUCUCCGGCAAACUCCUCUCCAGCAAACUCCUCUCCGGCCUCCAGAUCCGGGGCGUCGGCGGACUCCUACAUCGGGAGCCUCAUAAGCUUAACCUCCAAGAGCGAGAUCAGAUACGAGGGCAUCCUCUACAGCAUCAACACCGAGGAAUCCAGCAUAGGCUUGCGCAACGAGGUGUCUGGGCGAUGAUUGCUGUCUUUUUAGCCUAUUCCUUGCUGCAAGCACCUUCAACGGUUUUUAUAAGGCCACAUCCUGCAAUUUGGCGCUUAGUUCAUGGAAUGGCUAUUGUGUACCUUGUUGCCCUAACAUUUUUGCUUUUCCAGGUAAUUGUUGCCAUUGGUUCAAAUAGGAUAAAAUUUGAGCCAAGAGUAAUAAUUCUAAUAGUAUGUGAUGCUGGAUACUUCAUCAGCUUUAAUUUCUCAUGA